AUGGAUAUUCAGCUCAAGGCGUCUCAAACUGACGCUACUCAGGAUAACUCCCGCUCCACCGUCCAGUUGGCGGUCGCAAAGGAGAACAACCUCGACGUCGAGCUUGUCGAAACUCGCCCUCCCAAUGUCGACACGGAAUACCUCAAGCUGAAUCCCCUCGGCCGAAUCCCGACCUUCGUGGGCUCCAAUGGCUUCGUCUUGACCGAGUCUAUCGCCAUUGCCAUCUACUUCGCAUCGCAGAACGAGAAGACCACCCUCCUUGGCAAGACCAAGCAAGACUAUGCCUCGAUUGUUCGAUGGAUGUCCUUCUCCAACUCCGAGAUCAUCCCUAACCUCGGUGGCUGGUUCCGCCCUUUGAUUGGCAGGGAUCCAUACAACAAGAAGGCGGUCGAUGACUCAAAGAAGGCAGCCCUUGAGGCCAUCCACGUCCUUGAGCAACAUCUCCUUGUCCACACUUUCCUCGUUGGCGAGCGCAUCACGCUGGCCGAUUUGUACGCCGUCUCUCAGAUCGCCCGCGGCUUCGCUACGGUCCUCGAUAAGGCAUGGCGCUCUGAGAACCCCAACACCACUCGUUGGUUCGAGACCGUCACAGCCCAGCCCAUCUGGAAGGCCAUCAUUGAAGAGCCAGUCAUGAUUGAGGAGGCCAUCAAGUACACUCCUCCCAAGAAGGAGGCCAAGCCUAAGGCAGCCGCUGAGGCCGCACCAAAGGCCGCGAAGAAACCUGCCAAGGAAGAGGAAGAGGAAGAAGAGGCCAAGCCGGAGGUCAAGGCCAAGCACCCUCUUGAGGCUCUGCCGAAGCCCUCCCUGAUCCUUGAUGACUGGAAGCGCAAGUACUCCAACGAGGAGACCCGAGAAGUGGCACUCCCAUGGUUCUGGGAACAAUACAAGCCCGAGGAAUACUCCCUGUGGAAGGUUGACUACAAGUACAACGAUGAGUUGACUCAAGUCUUCAUGUCGUCCAACCUCAUUGGUGGCUUCUUCGCCCGUCUUGAGGCUUCGCGCAAGUAUCUCUUCGGCGCCAUGUCGGUGUACGGUGUCGCCAAUGACUCCGUCAUCCAGGGUGCUUUCCUGGUCCGGGGCCAAGAGGCGCUCCCAGCCUUCGACGUCGCCCCAGACUACGAGAGCUACGAGUUCACCAAGCUCGACCCCAGCAAGCCCGAGGACAGGACUUUCGUCGAGGACCAAUGGUCUUGGGACAAGCCCAUCGAGGUCAACGGCAAGAAGUACGACUGGGCUGACGGCAAGGUCUUCAAAUAG